GCUUCCGUGGGCGAGCUGGGGGUGGGGAGGUGAAGGGUGGUCUCAGAGCCUCAGCGCUGGGAGGUCGUGGAGCGGCGGCACGGGCGGCGGGAGCAGCCGCAGCGACAGCGAGCGGGACGGAGUUAGGACCGCUCGGAGCGCCCAGGUCUCGAGGUAGCGUAAGGUUUGCAAUCCUUCCACUUGCUGGCAGUUGCAGAAGAUCUGCUUUUAAGUGAAACGUUCGAGCCACCCCUCUGAGGGCUGCGGCUUCCCGGGGCUCGCUUCUUUCUCUCUCUCUUCACCGGCCCUCACGCUCACUCUUUAAUUUGCACGCACCCCUAAGUUUGCUGAGAGCUUGCUGCCCGCUCGGAGCCGCUCCGGCCAGGCGCCGCGGGCGGGGGCGGGGAGCCCGGGAACCGCAAUCCAGAAGCGUCGUGGGCCAUGUAUAUUUCAUCAAAUGGACUUUGGGUGCGUCGCGUCUCACAGCCAUCAACGCUAUGUGCGGUGACAUUUCUGACUUGAGUGGAGGAAUGCGCGAAGGAAGCCCGGGCGAAAUUGUUACUAGAGGAUCUUCUUGGCGCCAAUGCUAAUUGUCCUGAUUUAUGUCCCUUCUGACUAAGCUCAACGUCUUCAUCUGAAAUAAAAUGAAAGCUGUGCCAAGCGGGGUAGAACCGCCCGGCCGCUGGUUCUGAUCCCCAGGAAUCAGGAAAUCGUCCUGCAGCUGAAAAAAAAAAAAAAAAAAUCCCCCAGUAAAAGUUUAAGGCGAGAAGUGGCAGAGGCAGUGGCGCGAGGAGGAGCGGAGGAGAGCCGGCAAGCGGGGGACUGGGCUGGCAAGACCUCCCGAAGGCUGCGAUUUCAUUAUUAAUAUCACUAUAUUUUUGGAGGGAGAGGCACCUUUCUCAUCCUCUCUUCCUCUCCGCCCACCCCUGCUCCCUCCCCCUCAUCUACCUGUCAAAGUCACUGAUCUUUUGCAUUUCGGAAGAGGACGUCAACGGAAAGGAAUUCCCCCUCUCGGCGAGGGCUCCGAGAGGGGGCGACGCACAGGAGGCUCCCCCUCUGGGGCCCGCGACCAAGGGUGUUGGUGCCAGAAGGAAAGAAUGAUUGAUGAGAAGCAGACACCGGGCUAUAGACACUCAUCCUUUUGCUUCAGAUACUAUCAGUGCAUCUGAGCAUCCCUUGUGAGCCACGAGCACUGAGGAUCACCCAGGGUUAUCGGAUGUACAACGGCAGAGCCAUCACAUCGCUAAAUCAUCCUUUGCUCCUGGACAUCUUUUACAAAAACCAAACUAGACCUGAGUGUAAUAGAUACGUUCUAGGACAACGAAAAAGCUGCACGUUGUUGGUGAUGCCUACCGCACAAGUAUGUUAGACUUCCACCCAAAUCCUCGAUAUACCUGAACACGCACAAUAUCAACCCUUGGCUUUUAGAUUUGGAAUCUACAUUGAGAUUUCAUCCUCUUUUUUUUUUUUUUUAAUAUAUAGACUUACCUACAUAUACACAUAUAUGUAUAUGUAGAAGGGACAUAGAUCACAAAUAAGCAAACCCUGCUUUAUUACCACAAAGAUUGCCAAGAAUUUAGAGAUGUAUUUGUCAAGAUUCCUGUCAAUUCAUGCCCUUUGGGUUACAGUGUCCUCAGUGAUGCAGCCCUACCCUUUGGUAUGGGGACAUUACGAUGUGUGUAAGACUCAGAUUUACACAGAAGAAGGGAAAGUUUGGGAUUACAUGGCCUGUCAGCCGGAAUCCACGGACAUGACCAAAUAUCUGAAAGUAAAACUGGAUCCUCCGGACAUUACCUGUGGAGACCCUCCUGAGACAUUCUGUGCAAUGGGCAACCCCUACAUGUGCAAUAAUGAGUGUGAUGCAAGUACCCCCGAGUUGGCGCAUCCCCCUGAGCUGAUGUUUGAUUUUGAAGGAAGACAUCCAUCCACAUUUUGGCAGUCUGCUACUUGGAAGGAAUAUCCCAAGCCUCUCCAGGUUAACAUCACUCUGUCUUGGAGCAAAACCAUUGAGCUCACAGACAACAUAGUUAUUACCUUCGAAUCGGGGCGUCCAGACCAAAUGAUCCUGGAGAAAUCUCUUGAUUAUGGACGAACAUGGCAGCCCUAUCAGUAUUAUGCCACAGACUGCUUAGACGCUUUUCACAUGGACCCUAAAUCCGUGAAGGAUUUAUCACAGCAUACUGUCUUAGAAAUCAUUUGCACUGAAGAGUACUCUACGGGGUAUAUGACAAAUAGCAAAAUAAUCCACUUUGAAAUCAAAGACAGGUUUGCGUUUUUUGCUGGACCAUGGCUACGCAAUAUGGCUUCUCUCUACGGACAGCUGGAUACAACCAAGAAACUCAGAGAUUUCUUUACAGUCACAGACCUGAGGAUACGGCUUUUGCGACCAGCGGUUGGGGAAAUAUUUGUAGAUGAGCUACACUUGGCACGCUACUUUUAUGCGAUCUCAGACAUAAAGGUUCACGGAAGGUGCAAAUGUAAUCUCCACGCCACUGUGUGUGUGUAUGACAACAGCAAAUUGACCUGUGAAUGUGAGCACAACACUACAGGUCCAGACUGUGGGAAAUGCAAGAAGAAUUAUCAGGGCCGGCCUUGGAGUCCAGGCUCCUAUCUCCCCAUCCCCAAGGGCACUGCAAAUACCUGUAUCCCCAGUAUUUCCAGUAUUGGUAAUUGUGAAUGCUUCGGCCACUCCAAUCGAUGCAGUUAUAUCGAUCUGCUAAAUACAGUCAUUUGCGUGAGCUGUAAACACAACACUAGAGGGCAGCACUGUGAGUUAUGCAGGCUGGGCUACUUCAGAAAUGCUUCUGCACAGCUGGACGAUGAGAAUGUGUGCAUAGAGUGUUAUUGUAACCCUUUGGGCUCAGUCCAUGAUCGUUGUAAUGGCUCAGGAUUUUGUGAGUGUAAGACGGGAACGACAGGGCCUAAGUGUGAUGAGUGUCUGCCGGGAAAUUCCUGGCACUACGGCUGUCAACGUAAGUAACUCUGGGAGCUGCCCUCUGCCUGCUGCAGCAUGGCUGAUCUGCUUGUCCAGGCCGGUGUGUGCAGCUUCUCAGAGCAGAAA